UCUGUGCUAUUUGUAAUUUGUUUCAGUGUGUGGUGUGGUGUGUAUUUGAUGAAACCAUAUUGUGUUAAAAUUGUGUUUAAUUUUUAAAGGACUGUUCCAAGGCACCUUAAUACGAGUCAGAUUUGUGAUGUUUAAUUACUGUAUACCAUUUUUUACCGAAUAUAAAUACCGUCGGUAGACCUGUUUAUCACGGAUAGACGGAUGUCCUUGUACAUUUUGCAAGAAUCAGAGUGGCGGCAAAUUUGAUUUUCAUUUACGACUGCGAUAAAAUAUGUGAAUAUUUUUUUAUGCAAGAAGCUAAAUAAUGGGUAGCUCAGAAGAAAAUGUGCUUACUAUUGACAGUAAACAGGAGAACGAAAACGCUGAGAACGACGCUGGUGAUAAUUCGGAGAAUGAAGUUACGGAUACUACGGACCUUUCAUUAAAUGUGAGCGUAGCAUCAAAUCCAUCCGCGACCGAUGGCAACACGUCCAAAGAAGGCGAAGCUUCAGGCGCAGGGAGCUCGAAGAAAACUAAGAAAAAAUUCAGACACGGAAAAAAGUGUCAUAUCCCUAGCAAAGAUAACUUGGAGAGGAGCGCCGUGCGGAGGCUCCAUCAUCCUGGCACAAAAUUUAAACAAAGUAAGAAACGAGCACAAAGUUUUCCUUCCAUAUCCAAAUACUUUCUUCCAAACAAAAGACCGCGCAAGGAAACUUUCAUUCCACCUACAAAAUUUCUCCUUGGAGGAAACAUUUCUGAUCCACUCAACCUAAACAGCUUACAAGAUGAAAACGUCAACAGAGCUAUGAAUGCUGUGACUCCUGAAUCAUCACCACUGCCCACUCCCCCGAGGCACAAGGCUAAAAUAGAUGUUAUAAUUCCACCUAACAUAAGAGAUCCUCUUAACCUCAUGGAGCCUUUGGAUAAUGAUGAGUAUGAGAAAAGACUAGAAAUGCAGCAGAGAAAGCCGAGAAAGAAGCCUAGAAUAAGACGUCGCACAACUGAGACGAAUGCAAACAUAAAUACAAAUGUGCCCAUGGUUGAAGAUAAGCCUGACAAAGACGAGGGUAUAAAGGAGCCUCUUCCCCCAGAACCAUCCACAUCUAAAUCUCGAAAGAGGUCUUGCAGUGAUAGUGACAACAGUUCACUGAAAGGUAAAGACUGCAAAAAGUUGAGGCGGAUGGAUUCUUUGGAUAAAAUAGUAAGUCCAGUGGUACCACAGCCGGGAGCAUGGAUGCGUGCCCGACCACAGCAGCGUACAGUGCCUCCGGAACGACCAGCCUCCCCACAUAGAACAAAGCUAAAGAGCACCUCAGAAGAAGAUCGUAAGAUGCCAACAUUUCAUCCUAAGAAUUCAAGAUUUCAAUAUGGAAACUAUGAUAGGUAUUAUGGCUAUCGCAAUUUAAAUGCCAUGAUGGAUAUAAGACUUCAAGUGUUUGAAAUGCAUCGGCACCUUUUCCAAAAUAAGGAUGUAUUGGACAUUGGGUGCAAUGUUGGACACAUCUCUAUAGCUGUGGCUCGAACACUUGGUGCAAAAUCUGUUGUAGGAAUUGACAUUGAUCCAGGACUUAUUGGCAGGGCCAGAAAUAGUCUAAGAUCUUUAAUACCUGUCCCGUUAGAACAACCAAAGACAGAGGACGAAAAAAAGACUGAUGUAGAUGACAAGAAAUCCGAAUGUGAUAAGUGUAAAGAUGAAAAAUGCGAGGAUUGUACUACAGCAGAUCAUAAACCAGAUAAAGAAGACGAUCCAAAGAAGAACCCGACUGGGAGAAAGUUACGAAAGCCAAGGAAGAAUAGAAAGUCUAUCAACAAGCAAGAACAAGGGCAGUGUUUCUUUCCCAUGUCGAUGUCAAUGAUGUUUGGUCCCAUCGGGGAACCUAAGACAGAUGUGUCAACUAUUGGCUUUCCAUUUAAUGUCACAUUCAGACAAGGUAAUUAUGUUCCACGUGAAGACAUAGCUGCGGGAACAGGAAUGGAGAGUCCGCAGUUUGACUUGAUCCUGUGCCUGUCCACCACCAAGUGGCUGCACCUCAACUGGGGAGAUGCGGGCCUGAAGCGCGCCUUCCGAAGGAUGUUUGCAGACCUACGCCCUGGAGGCAAGUUGGUGUUAGAGGCGCAGAACUGGGCGAGCUAUAAAAAGAAAAAGCGAUUAACUCCAACUAUUUACGAGAACUUUAACUCGAUUGAGUUUUUCCCUAACAAGUUCCGGGAGUAUCUUCUCUCACCCGAGGUCGGGUUCAGCAAGUGCUGUAUACUGGGAGUGCCGCAGCACGCGAGCAAGGGCUUCCGACGACCCAUACAGUUGUACGUGAAGGGUGAUUUCACACCGAGUAAAGCUUGCUGGUCGGACGCGUACGCACCGUCGUCGCAUCAUAGACCGGAGGCGGAGCCGCCGCGGCGCACGGUGUACGCGCCGGUGGCCCCCGCGUACAGGCCGAGCGACGACGCGCCGUCCUGCGGGGCGGUGACCCCGUACUCGCCGAACCUGGACUGCAGCGCAGACGACUCGCCGUUCUACAACCCGCGCAGCGACACGUACGCGCCGUCGUACCAGCCGCCGCGGCCCACAGUGUACGCGACGCUGCCGUCCCCAUUGGGCAGCGCGUCGCCCGCCCCGUCCCCCGCCGCAUCCCCCGCGCCGCCAGCGCCUGAACCCGUGUCCGCGCGCGGCUUCGCGGCGCCCGAGCGUCCCCACGAUGACUGAAUGCAAGCCACUUAGUGGCGUAUCCGCCUUUCGUUUUAUGUACAUAACUGUAGAUCCCCUAAGAUUAUGUUUCGGAUAGGCUGAAAAUAUUUUAUAAUAUUAUAUUCGUAACGUAUUAAGUUA